AUGGGGUCCCUUCGGGGGGCUCCAGCGCGGCUGAAUCCAGUGGAGACGCUGCAGGAGGAAGCCAUUUGUGCCAUCUGCUUGGACUAUUUUGUGGACCCCGUUUCCAUCGGUUGCGGGCACAAUUUCUGCCGCGUCUGCAUCUCGCAGCUGUGGGGCGGUGAGGCUGAGUACGAGGUGGGCCCAGGGGCCACGGCAGUGGGCAGCGGAGCGGGGGGGAUGGGCGACGGGCUGGAGGAGGAUCUGGAGGAGGGGGGGGUGCGCUGGUACGUAGAGCAGGAGGAGGAGGAGGAGGAGGGCGGUGCAGAGGAGGAGGAAGAAGACAUGUGGAGCGAGGAAGAGGAUGAUGCCGAUCUCUGGGAAGAUCCCGUGGAGGAGGACAUGUGGGACGGUGGGGUCAGGGGAGAGCUUUACUUUGGGGACGAGGACUAUGAUGAGGAUGUGAUGGAGGAAGAUGUGGAGGAAGAGGAGGAGGUGGAGGAAGAGGAAGAAGAGGUGCAGACACCUCCUCCCCCUGUCCUGGCCACGCGGCCUCGACGCCUCCAGACCUUCACCUGCCCACAAUGCCGAAAAACCUUUUUCCAGAGGAAUUUCCGACCCAACCUUCAGCUGGCCAACAUGGUGCAAAUCAUCCGCCAGCUGCACCCCCACCCCCAGCGCCUUGCGCCGCCCGCCGCUGGUCCCUCGGGAGCCGCUGUGGGAGUCCCGGGGGUCCUGGUAGCGGUGGGAGGUCAGGGGCCACCAAAUCUGUGCGAGAAGCACCAGGAACCCCUCAAGCUCUUCUGCGAGGUGGAUGAACAAGCCAUCUGCGUGGUGUGCAGGGAGUCACGGAGCCACAAGCAUCACAGCGUCGUCCCUCUCGAGGAGGUUGUGCAGGAUUAUAAGAACAAACUACAGAGCCACCUGGAGCCGCUGAAGAAGAAGCUGGAUGUGGUCCUGAAGCAGAAAUCCAACGAGGAGGAGAAAAUCACAGAGCUGAGGGACAAGAUGAAGCUGGAGAUCAAGGAAUUCGAGUCAGAUUUUGAGGUGCUGCACCAGUUCCUCAUCGGAGAGCAGGUCCUGCUCUUGCAUCAGCUGGAGGAACGCUACGAGACCCUGUUGGCCCGUCAGAGCAGCAACAUCAGCCAGCUGGAAGAGCAGAGCGCAGCCCUCAGCCGGCUCAUCGCCGAGGCAGAGGACAAGAGCAAACAGGAUGGGCUGCAACUACUCAAGGACAUCAAAGGCACUUUUAUCAGAUGCGAGAACAUCAAAUUCCAGGAGCCCGAGAUGGUGCCGGUGGACGUGGGGAAAAAAUAUCGCAACUACUUUCUGCAGGAUGUGGUGAUGAGGAAGAUGGAGAAAGUCUUCAGUAAAGUCCCUCAAGCUGAUGUCACCCUGGACCCCGACACAGCCCACCCCCGCCUGAGCCUCUCCCUGGACCGACGCAGCGUCAAGCUGGGCGAACGCCGCCAGGAUCUGCCGGACAACCCAAAACGUUUCGAUUCGGAUUAUUGCGUGCUGGGUUCCCAGGGCUUCACCACCGGUCGUCACUACUGGGAGGUGGAAGUGGGAGGCCGACGAGGUUGGGCGGUGGGCGCAGCCCGCGAAACAGCUCGUCGUAAAGAGAAAACAGUGGGUCCUCACCAAAAACGGGAAAUUUGGUGUGUGGGCACCAACGGGAAGAAGUACCAGGCAUUGACGGCCACGGAGCAGACGGCGCUGUCACCCAGCGAACGGCCCCGGCGCUUCGGUGUCUACCUGGACUACGAGCGGGGCCAACUCUGCUUCUACAAUGCCGAGAGCAUGACCCACAUCCACACCUUCAAUGCCUCCUUCCACGAGCGCAUCUUCCCCUUCUUUCGCAUCUUGGCCAAGGGCACCCGCAUCAAAAUCUGUGCCUGA